AUGGCUUUAGAUUUAGGUUUACAUCGUGAUUGUUCUCAAUGGAAUAUCAGUAAACUAGAAAAGGCUAUGAGAACUAGGGUAUUCUGGGCAAUCAUGAAUGUUGAAGUUGUUGCGUGCGCUUCUUUUGGAAAACCAUAUCCAAUCUAUGAUCAUAAUACAAGGUACCCUUAUGAGAUUGAUGAAGAUGGUGAUGAGAAACAAGAUGUUAUAAAUUAUUGUCAUUUCUCAAAAUUAUUAAAAAUUUUUGGAAACGUCUUACACUCAAAACCCUACACAUCUCAACCUGGUGCUAUAAGAAACACAUUACCAGCAAUCGACGCUUCAUUAAAUUCUUGGUCACUUGCAUUACCAGCUCAUCUGCAAUACACUCCCAACGAUAAACUGGAAGACCUUGAACCAAAUUCUGUACAUGUAUAUGCUUCCUAUCUACAUCAAUUCUACAAUACUAUUUUAAUCACUUUGCACAGACCUUACAUAGAUUCACCGGAAGAGUAUCCUGGUUUUGACUCCAGGAAGAUUUGCCACAAUGCUGCAAUAAACAUCGCAAAAUUAUCGAGUUGUAUACCUGUUGAUAGUCGUGGAAUUUAUUACACAUUUUCUGCAUCGGCUUAUUGUUUAACUCAAUCUACCAUGAUAAGUAUCAUGAAUAUGGAUCAUAGGGGUCAUCAGGAUCAUAAGGAUUAUUCUGAAAGUGCGAUAAAGUAUGCAAAAAAGUCGGUGGAGGCUUUAAAAAAAUUAGCAAGAUGUGGAAGAUUAGGGAAAGGAUAUUGUGGAAAGGCAAAAAGACGUGUUAGUAAAGGUCGCGUCAACAACAAUAAUAGCAAAACUUUAGAAAAUGGCGGUGGUGUUGGUAGUGUUGGUGACGUUAAAGAUCUUGUUAUAAUUCAUGGAAAUGAAAACCACCCAUCACUACCAAAAUAUUUGGCUGUGACUCCAUUUCCUACAUCUCAAAUCUAUAAACCAAACCCAACACCUGAACCAUCGCCUAAUUUUCAAUACCAACAGCAUUUGUCACAUCAACAACAUCAUCAAUCAAGAAAUCAAAAUCUAGCAUCAACAAUGUCGUCGUUUACUUCAACACCAUCAAAUCCAUCAACUGCAUUCAUUGAUUUGCAAUCUCAUCAUCAGCAAUUAGCUUUAAAUCCUGUCUCAUCAUCAUUAGCCGAACCACCAAUUGUGCCAUCAUCUAAUUAUUAUAAUGCUACUGCCACUACAAACGGUCUUAUGGAUCAAGAUUAG